ACGGGGAAAAAAAAGUUUGCAGCCAUUCUUGACUUAGCUAAUGUGAACGCUCAUAUGUAUUCACACUGAAGUUUCCACUGAUGUUCGGAUGUUCCAGUGACUCGAUUAGUUUCGUUGAAGGUAACAGGAAACUGCUCUGCACAUUGCCAAUCAAAAACCAUCCUCCUGCAAUCAAACCAUCCUAAAUACUUUCAAUUCAGCCUCCUCACUCAUCCUCCUGCAAUCAAACACCAUCGAUCGAUCUGCGCUGGUCCCUUCUUGGCCUGGUGGCCUUUGCUUUAUUUGUGAAAAUUACUAGGUCCAAGGAUCAACCGGCAUCACCAAACAACAAGAACAACAUGGAUAUGAGCAAACCUCAAUUCGGAGCCUCUUCCUCUUCUUCUUCUUCCAACCAUUCAUGCACAUAUGAUGUUUUUCUGAGCUUCAGAGGUGCGGAUACGCGCAACACUUUCACAGGCCAUUUGUACAGCAAUUUGGAUAACAAGGGAAUUGACACUUUCAUAGAUGAUGGGCUUCCGAAAGGAGAAGAUAUAUCACAAGAGCUUCUCGAAUUAAUUGAGAGAUCAAAGAUUUCCGUAGUUGUAUUUUCUGCCAACUAUGCAUCUUCAAAGUGGUGCUUGGAUGAACUUGUCAAGAUCAUUCAAUGCAAAGAAUCCAAGCACCAAAUCGUUUACCCAAUUUUCUACAAGGUAGAUCCGUCGGAGAUACGAUACCAGAAGGGCCACGUUGGUGAGGCAAUUGCUCGCCUUAGCAAACACAAGGAUAACUUAGAGAAGGUGGAGAAUUGGAAGGCAGCUCUUAGAAAAGCGGCAACUUUGUCUGGGUGGCCCAUCUCGGAUGGAGGGCAUGAAGCGAAUGUCAUUAAUGAAAUUGUUAAAGAGAUAUCAACCAAAAUAAUGAAAUGUACCCCGUUAAAUGUGGCAAAAUAUCCUGUUGGAAUAGAAUCUUGUGUAGAAGACAUACGUAAGCAGUACUUACAUGUAGGGCAAGACAAUCGUCACAUGGUAGGGAUAUGGGGAAUUGGUGGAAUAGGAAAGUCAACACUUGCAAAAGCUGUUUAUAAUUCAAUUGGCCAUGAGUUUGAACAUGGCUGUUUCUUGAGUAUUGGUAAAGAAGCAUCAUUUUCAGAUGGAGGUCUUGUCCCGCUACAAAACGAAUUUCUUUCUAAGAUUAUAGAGAGGAAUCCACCUAAGGUGUUCAAUGCUGAUGAAGGAAUCCGUGUGCUGGAGCAAAAACUACGCCAGAAAAGGGUUCUCUUAGUUCUUGAUAAUGUGAACCACUUGGAUCAGUUAAAAGCACUUGCUGGAGAGUGUGAUUGGUUUGGUCCAAGUAGUAGAAUUAUCAUAACAACAAGAGAUAAAAAUUUGCUACAUGCUCAUGGAUUCAAUUCCAAUUCAAUAUAUGAGGUCAAGGAAUUAAAUCAUCAAGAUGCUUCAAAGCUCUUCAAUUUAAAUGCCUUCAAAAGUGAUAUAUGUCCGGAUGACUUUUUUGAACUUGCAACUGAGGUAAUACAUUAUGCUAAAGGGAUUCCAUUAGUUUUGGAAGUUUUGGGGUCAGAUCUAUGUAGUAAAGAUAAGGAUGAGUGGAGAGAUGCAUUAGAGUAUUACAGGAAUUAUCCUAACCAAGAUGUUCAAAAAACUCUCCAAAGAAGUUACGAUGGAUUGCAUGAUAAGAUACGAGAAGUUUUUCUUCAUAUUGCAUGUUUCUUUAAAUGUUACGAAAAAAGCUAUGUGAUUGAUGUACUACAAAACUGUGACCUAAAUCCCACGAUUGCUCUCAAAGUCCUCGUAGAAAAGGCCUUAAUAAAAAUUGAGAAAGACAAUAGGAUUUGGAUGCAUGAUCUUAUAGAGGACAUGGGAAAAGAAAUUGUUCGGCAAGAGUCCCCUGAUGAGAUAGGAAAACGCAGUAGACUGUGGCUUUACGAGAAUGUUCGCGAGGUCCUUGAGGAAAACACAGGAACGGAUAAAAUUAAAGCCAUCAUGCCGGGAAGCGGAGUUUGGAAUUCACAAAAGAUACAGUUGAACGGCGGAAGCUUCACAAACUUGAAAAAUCUUCAAAUUUUUGAAGUCCGUGGUUGGAAACUUGAUGGAGAGAGCGUGGAUUAUCUCUCCAACCAGUUGAGGGUCCUUGACUGGCCUGGUUGUUCAUUACGAUCGCUGCCAACGAAUUUUAAUCCGAAGAAACUUGGUAUGCUGCGAAUGGGUGGUCCCUGCACGACUCCUCUGGGAUUGAAAUUGAAGGAAAUGCCACACUUGAAAUCUAUCACAUUGUGUGACUGUGAUGGUCUAACCAGAAUUCCCGACUUGUCUGGAUUAACAUGCUUAAAGGAGCUGGACCUGGCUCUCUGUAAAGAUUUAGUUGAAGUUGACCCUUCGGUUGGCCGUCUCGAUAAGCUCGUCUAUUUGAGACUCAGCUAUUGUAAAAAGCUCCAGAGGUUUCCGAAGGUGAUCAACUUGAAAUCUUUGGAAACUCUGAAUCUCUCGUAUUGCCCGCUUGAGUUCUUCCCCGAAAUUGAGGGAGACAUGAGGUCUUUGAAAUACCUGGAUCUAAGUGAGACUGCCAUCAAAGAGUUACCUUGCUCAGUUGGAAAUCUCACUGGCCUUGAAUACUUGUCUCUAGGGGGCUGUGAUAAUCUUACAAAUGUACCAUCGAGCAUUUUCUAUGGAUUGCAACGUCUGGAGGAUCUUGAUCUACAGGAGUGCUCUAACCUUGUUACAUUUCCAACAAAGUCAGAAUCACUUCCUCCACCGGUCUUUUCAACUAACCUCACUUCCAGAUUACAAGUUCGUCUGGACUAUUGCUACUCGCUUAAAGAAAUUUCAGAAUUUCCACUAGAAAUAGAUUUCUUAUCUGUGAGUGGUUGUGAGUCAUUGAAAAGAAUUUCAAAGCUGUCAAAUAUUUUGGAGGGGAAAGAUUCAAAAAUGUUCGGCGACUUGUACUUGACUUCCUGCCGGAGACUCCGCGACAAUCUGGCUCUGGCCAUGAAGAGAACCAAAAAAUUGAUGAGAGAGGCAGACAAAUUGACGGCUCUGUUGAGACUAUUUUUCUCUUUUGCGAAAUCUGAAGAAUUCCAAGUAGAAUUUCCUGCAGGAGCUCCGAUUCCAAACUGGUUCACCUGCCGUCAGGAUGUGAAAUUGCAUUGGGAUGUGAAGGGUCAAGAGCAUGAGUUUUGCAUUGAACUUCCUCAAAACUUCAAUUGGGACAACAAAGGGUUGGCUCUCUGUAUUCAAUCGGAUUCUGAUGGCGUCGCUCAUUUUGUUUACAUCAAUGGAAUAAAGUUUGAGGAGAGAUUAACCGUGGGUUCGCAUGAAGUGUGGGUGCAUUAUAUUCCAUUCGUUACAGUAAGAAAGAGGUUGAGUGAAAGUGGGAUGCCGCAACCUGAUAUGUUUCGAGUUAUGUUUCGUGUUGAAGAAUAUCUUGUGGGUAUUAUGGGUAUUGAGGCGAGCUGGGGAGUCCACCUGAUCGAAGAUUUGGAAGGAGAAGGUCGACGAUAGUCCAGCUGACUUCCAGCAGGUAUGCUGAUUCUGCUGCCACUGAGGAUGACAUUCACACACCCGAGUUACAAAACACUUACCUCGGAAGAACUACGUCUUUAAAAGCAUGAUGCUCAAUCAUCAUAACACAGUGUUAAAGAGUGUUCAAUUUAGAGGAAAUGGUCGAGUGAGUCUUUGGAAUCAAACCUCGAGAGCAUGAUCAAUGGAGUUGAUAAGACCUACACCGAGGGCAUCUAUGUCUGAAUUCCUUGUCUGUUCCAGAGCAGUAAAGACGCACACAUUGAUCAAUAUUUCAGAAAUAAAAGGCCAGGUAAAAAUCCUUAUCCAAUGUCUGUAUUAAGUUGAGUUGCGAAGGAACUCGAUGCUCCAGAUAUGGCUGAUACAACCGAGCAAGUGGAUUAUGUACUUCAUUAGUAAGCAAGGUUGGGUAUACCAUGGAUUUCAUUCAGUUUUUCCAUGCAUAGUCAGACACACCUCAAGAGGGUUUGUCUCUUUGCAGCUUUGGUAGCACAGUGAAUUCCGGUCCUGUUCUCCAGUCAAUUGUCACUAUCCCAUUUGUGAGUGUAAUGGAUUCUGUUUCACAAGUUUACUUCCAAUUUCUUGAUGAAUAAUCUGAUUAAGAUUUGAGGAAAACAGCAUUUGGGCCUCCUAAGAAGAAGGCAAUACAUGCCUGUUGCAAGUUUGAGUCAUCCUCGAUAAAAAGGUUCAAAGGGGUAGAAGAGUUGAGGACAACAGCAUGUGGGCCUCUUAAAAAUGUCUGCCCAGAUUGAGGAGGACAUUGAUGCAGAAGAGUUGCAGGCGGGUGGAAGCAUUUCACCUAGAGCUUAUAUUGGAACAACUUGGUGAUCGAUCAACAUAUAGAAGAUGCUGAGAUUUUUAAGGGCCCAGCAAGUGUAGGGUGAUAUGCUCAACUUGAGGAAGGAAUUUUUCUGUUCAACUGUGGUGAAAAUCAGCAAUGCUAUCGUCUUAAGGCAAGCUAAGAUGAAUCUAGAGAUCUGGUCGAGACAAUAAUGAGUCACUGAGUUUAGGUGCUGUCUCCUAAUUACAUGCGCGCAAUGAUCUAUGGCUCUAUGCAGAAUGCAUUGUAAAGUUCUUGCAAGAAGAUUUUGGAUUCUUGGUAGCAGCCUUGCAUGGUGUAUUACAUCCCUACUUUUCCGGUCAGUUCUCAGCAUUACCAGAAGCAGUCUGGAAAUGCCAACAUGGAUCCUGCAUCGUGCAUCUGAAUACCAAUGCAAUCAGUUCGAUUUUGCACAGCUGGUGUCUUAGAGAGACCAUGAUCCUACCUCUGCAGUAGGAAUACGAGACCUGCAUGACUACUUUAUAUACUCAAUGUACCCCCAAAUCUCCAACACAAAUUGUCCCAACUGGUGCAAGGUUAACAACUGACAGAAUGUUGCAGCUCUGUCUGGAAGAAUUGGUGCGGGAGAAUAUUAUGAUGGAGUUUAGCAACUGGAUCAAAGGUUUUUCUGUAAGCCUUGCUCUUGGUACAAUCAUGAAAGCUGAAGUCUAGGUUUAUUCAAGGGUCUUCUUAUUCCAGCUUAGUUAAUCUGCAAAGAGCCUAUUCUGUGACACUAGCUGGGACAUCUCAGUGAGUCAUGUCUAGGUACAAGGAAGUUGAUGAAACAGCAGAUAACUUGCCAAGCUCGAGCAUCCUUAGCCAUUGAUUUGGAACUUUUGGCUAACGAAGUCUUGGAUUUGUAAAGACUGGCGUUAUGCAAUAUUGCAAAUGCAAUGCUAGUUUCUUUCACGCUUCGGUGCCAGACUUCAAAAAGAAAGAAAGAAAAAAGGAAUUGCACCAUAUGUAGUUGAAUUUCAGAUACUUACAGCUUUGUGUGCCCCAUGAACCGUUUUUGGCAUGGGAAACUGAUUUCUUUCUCUCCCUUCAAAAUUUUUAGUUGUAUUUUUGUAGUACAUUUAGUUUUUAUUUUUUUUUAACUCUUCUGUUCUAAGAGUAGUCUCAUUUUUCCUUGAUCGUUGUUGAUCAAGUUUGGGAGCUAUCUUUCCUUCAUUGUAAGUUUGGAUUCAGUUAUUCCAUCUUCUUGGGCUUGCUCUUUGUCUAA